AUGAAGAGCGAGAAGAGGCAAAUGCUGCAUGAUCUGAUAGAGAAUGCAGGAGGCUGCGCCAUCACAGAUGGGGGAUUCGCCACGCAGCUCGAAAAGCAUGGAGCCUCCAUCAACGAUUCUCUCUGGAGUGCUAUCUAUUUGAUCAAAGAUCCAAACCUUAUCAAGCAGGUUCAUUUGGAAUACUUGGAGGCUGGUGCUGAUAUAUUAGUUACAUCAUCAUACCAGGCUACACUUCCUGGAUUUACGUCUAAGGGGCUAUCGAUUGAACAAGGGGAAUCACUCUUACAGAGGAGUGUCAAAUUGGCAGUUGAAGCCCGUGAUAGUUUCUGGGAUUCAGCUAAGAGAAAUCCCAGGAAUAAAUAUAGAAGAGCUUUGGUUGCAGCCUCCAUUGGAAGCUAUGGAGCGUACCUUGCUGAUGGUUCGGAAUACAGAGGCUGCUAUGGACCAGAUGUGGAUUUAAAGAAGUUGAAAGAUUUUCAUCGCCGCAGAUUGCAAGUUCUUGUUGAAGCUGGUCCAGAUUUGCUGGCUUUUGAGUCCAUUCCAAACAAACUUGAAGCUCAGGCUUGUGUCGAAUUGCUUGAAGAAGAAAGUGUCAACAUCCCAUCUUGGAUCUGUUUUAUCACUGUAGAUGGUGAGAAUGCUCCCUCGGGAGAGAGUUUCAAGGACUGUCUUGAAGCAAUAAAUAAGAGUACCACAGUAGAUGCUGUUGGUAUAAACUGUGCACCUCCCCAUUUUAUGGAAAGCCUAGUUUGCAAAUUUAAGCAGUUAACAAAGAAAGCCAUCAUUGUUUAUCCCAAUAGUGGGGAGGUAUGGGAUGGUAAAGCCAAGAAAUGGCUACCAUCCCAGAUUUUCCACGAUGAUGAUUUCGGAUUAAGUGCAACAAGGUGGCGUGAUUUGGGAGCUAAAAUAAUAGGAGGUUGUUGCAGGACUACACCUUCCACCAUUCAAAUUAUUUCAAAUGCUUUAAGAGAAAAAGCUUGA